AAAAUCCAACCGUAGGUUCACGUAUUUUUAGGUUAUGUUUACAAAACAAUAACUUAUUUUACGUUAUUUCAUUUGAAGGCACUAAUCAGAUUUACUCCAAUCUUGUUUCCGCAAUAAAUUUACAUUGAAGCCUCUUUAAUAAAAGUAAAAAAUACUUGCAUUAAGCAAAAUGGGUGAUUAUCCCGAUCCUGAUGAAGAAUACGAGCUUAUGUAUGCCGACGAUCUUGAAUUAUUGCAAGACCAUGAAGAAGACAUAGAGCCUAAUGUUGUUAGAAAGAAACCAAUGCCAGCAAAAAGAAGUUUAGAUUUCUCAAGUCCUAUUACUAAAAAGCUUCCUGUACCUCCUAGUUCAACAUCAGUGGAGAGCAAUGGACAGUUAAGCCAAAUACAACUAACUCCAGAUCUUCAGCCUAUGGAAUCUCUCUUAACCCCUGUACAGACAAAUAAAAGAACUGCUGAUGAACUGUUUGGGGACAUAAAUGACAUAGACUUUGACACAAUAGAACUGCCAAGUAAAAGGCAAAAAACUGAGGAAGAGAAUGAUUUAGAUCUGAUUAAUAAAAUUGUGGAGAGUAGAAAACUUAGGCAAAUGUUGUUGGAACCUUCUAACACUCAAAGAAAAGUCCAACCAGUGUUUAAUUAUAAAGAUAACUUAUCUUUAGAUAUACCAAGGUGGGCUUUUAUGCCCCUUACAAAUUCAGAUGGAGACAGAGUUUAUGUAAAGCUUGAAUCAGAAGAUGCAUGGGAUCAAUGCUUGGAUAUAUCAACAGAUCAUCGUAAUUUGCAUUCCCUGUACAUCAAAACAUGGGAAGAAGCUAGACAAAUGUUAGAAAGGAAACUAGAGAAUGAACAGAUACAACAGUCCCAGGAAUUCCUACCUGAAGUCAUAGUUGAUGUCAACAGCAAUAACCUAUGGGUGGAGAAAUAUAAACCAAAGUCAUACAAAGAUCUGUUAUCUGAGGAGCCCGUUAACAGAGCACUCUUACAUUGGCUGCAUUUGUGGGAUAAAGUAGUGUUCAAGAAAGAAGUGAAGACAGCCGAGCCUCAGCAACGAAAUAGUUUCAGCAAACGCACCGGGCAAUUCCAACUGAGUAAUAAUUGGCGAGGCAAACGCGACUUGGAACCUGAGUUGGAUGAAGAUGGUCGCCCUCACCACAAGGUGGCGCUACUAUGCGGUCCUCCUGGUGUCGGGAAGACUACACUUGCACAUUUGCUGGCUAGAAUCGCUGGUUAUAGGCCCGUGGAGUUAAACGCUUCGGACGAGAGAAGCACCGAAGCGUUUAGGACAGCUCUGCAGAAUGCUACACUCAUGCGAUCCGUGCUCGACGCCGAUAAGAGACCAAACUGUCUUAUUUUAGAUGAAAUAGACGGUGCGCCGCUGCCCACAGUCGAGUUGUUAGUGAAAUGGUGCACUGUGGCAGUGGCUGAGGGCAAGAAGAAAACUAAAUCUCAACCUUUGAAGAGGCCAGUGAUCGCCAUAUGCAACGAUUUGUAUGCAACAUCGUUAAGGCCUUUACGGCCGGUGGCGCUGGUAGUGCAAGUGGGCGGGGUGUCUCUAUCGCGGCUAUCUUCACGCUUGUCCCGCGUGGCCGCCAGCGAAAACAUAGCCGCGGCGCCGCACGUUCUGGCCGCAUUAGCGACGCGCGCCCGCGGCGACGUGCGGGCCGCCUUGCACGCGCUUCACUUCACUGGCCGCGCGCAGUUAAAAAUGGAAGAUGUCGAGAAGCUUUCAAUAGGAGACAACGAUUGUAGUAAAAGCCUGAUGCAAGCGCUGGUCGCCAUUUUCACAGCCGGCGGGAGAGACAUCAUGAAGACCAUACAAGCGGCUGGGGAGUAUGACAGAUUAAUGGACGGUAUAUUCGAGAACUAUAUGUCGGCCCGGGUGGACUCUCGUCUCCGCCUCGCUUGCGAGACGUUGUCCUGGCUGAGACUUUAUGACUUGGUACAGGCGUGGACUCAGCGCGGCCAGAACUACUCAUUGUACGGAUUAAUGCCGAUGUGCAUAGCGAGGUGUCACACUUUGCUAGCUACUAAGGCCCCGACGAAGCUGAAGUUUCCUAUGCAAUCUCAAGAAGUUUAUAAAAAGAAGAAUGAGAUAGAGAGUAUUGUGAGAUCUGUGUUGCGGGGCAGCGCUCCUUCUGUGCUUCUCACGAUGACGCCGCUUCGACUGGACUUGAUACCAAUGUUGCCGUACCUAUUGAGUCCGACGCUCCGAUCCGCCAAUGUACAGUUAUGCAGCGAAUGGGAACGGGGUUGCGUUCGAACGAUCGCAGCCGCUAUGUGCGAUUAUGGACUACAGUACUUGCAGCAACGCACCGCGGACUCACUGUACGCGUUCGUACUGGAGCCUGACAUAUACCGCGCUGCGUUUAUAGGUAACGAAGAGAAAGUAAAGCCACCUCCCCCCGUUCGACAGGCGAUAGCGAGAGAGCAACAGCUAGAAGCUAUAAGACGGAACGAACUAAUGACUAAUAGGACUAACAAAAACAAGCCUGGCACCACAGAAGCAAAAUCCAAGGACGAUAAGAAGAGUUCAACCGUUGCCGCAAAAGAGGUCCGAAUACCGAACCAUUUGCAGCGGCUACAGCCCAAAGAAGUUGUUAAAGCAGCUCCCCAAGUACACAAAGACUUUUUCGGACGCAUCGUUCCACUGUCGCAAGUACAACGUUCAGACGCGGUACCCGACGUGAUAUCAUCUGCUAACGUGUUUUACCAGUACCGGGAGGGGUUUAACAACGCAGUGCGCAGAAACGUAAGGAUGCGUGACUUAUUAUAACCAUAAUGGUUAAAUCUACUAAUCAAGCCAAGGAAAACUUUUUGGUUUUGCCUUAGUUUAAAACAAAAAGGGAAGAUACGGCACUCGCGGGUCAAAAGUGAUCCGCUUAAAUUGUGGUGCAUGACCACAAUUCGCUUUAGUCACAAUUGGACAUCCAAACACACGAUGCAUGUGCACUCAAUAUAACAAGAUUGCGUAUGUUCUGUGUUAUAAAGAUAAUAAUGCGUUCGAUGCUUUUAUAAAGAACACAAAUAGUUCAAGAUCAAAUAAUGACCAAAUAGUUACUGAUUCGUCAUUUCUUAUCAAGAAAAGGACAACAAUACAACUCAGCCGUCUGGAGAGAGGUAAAAGAAAACGCAGUCGGCUGUAAAGCGACGCGGACUCGCGCCGUUUCGCUCGCGCAGCGUUGAAGCGUACAAUUCUGUCUCGCUCGCUCAAUUAAAUGUUUAUUUACAGAAGUGUGCGUGUGUGAGAGUUGCUUUCAUAUUUUAUAUGAUGCUAGUAUGAGCGUACCGUAUCAUCCCUUAUAGUUUUAAGAGUUUUACCAUAAUAAGUUAGACAAUGAGGUCUCCCCCUUUAGGCGCGUUACUAUCGGUCGAUAAUGCCGGAUGCGUAAUUUC